AUGCCCCUAAGAAUUAAUAUCACUCAUGAAUUAAAAUAAACAAAGCUUGAAGCAAAGGGAAAUGGAUCUGCUCAUCUUUAUGGAUAUUGCAUGCAAUUGGAUUAAUAAAAUGAGGAUGCUGAUUUAUAAUCAGAAGCUCAAUUACCACAAUGGGAUAAGAUGGAUUGGAAAGAUGAAUAGUUCUAAAAGAGAGUUAAAUGA